AUGUCCCUCGUCAACCUCGCCCACGUCUGCUCCCACCUCCAAAAUGCCUCCAAAGCCCGCCUCGGCCUCACCUCAAUACCGAUGUCGAAGCUCCAUCUGAAACUCUGCCUGGCACUCCAACACCAAGGCAUGGUGUCAUCAGUCGACGUCGCCGGCACCAAUCCCCCCGUCUCCCCCCAGUGGAUGAACCCCGACCACGACGUCCUGGGCCACCAGACCGCCAACCCGACCACUCUGCAACUCCAGCCCUGGCGAGCGUAUCCCGACCCCGCGGCGGCAAGCGAGCCGGCGCAGUUUAAGUAUGAGGUGCCGGAGAAUCCGGCGCAGCGGAGGAUAUGGCUAGGGUUGAAGUACUGGAGUAACCGGCCGGUACUGUCACAGAUGCACCUGAUCAGCAAACCAUCGCGGCGGUUGUCGAUGGGGUGGAAGGAGAUUGGGAUCUUGACGAGAGGGUUGCGGCAGGGGUAUGUGAAGGGCGUGCAGACGCCGGGGGAGCUGAUAUUCGUGGGGACGGAUAUUGGGAUUAUGGAGGCGAGGGAAUGUGUGGAGCGGAAGGUGGGAGGAUUGCUGCUCUGUAGGGCAUCAUGA